UCUCCAAUUGCCAAGCGCGUGCACUCAGUGGGAAUGGGUGAUUCACCGUACACUGCGCGCUGACCGGCUCCUGACCGGGGGCCCCGGGAAUCGCUAAGCUCGCCUAAUCACUUUCUCUCGUACCUUUCUGAAGAAGUAGUAUGGAGUUACGUCACAGCAGCGCGCAAAACUGCAGUCCAAGCAAAUAAGACGCCGAGAAGCUAUUUGUAGGCAUUGCUGCCAAACCCGGGUAAGGCUGCUCACUCUUCGGCAACCAGUGCUUUAAACCUGCUACAGCACUGGAAGCAGCAUGCAUGCUUUUUUUCGAUUUAUUCUGGAAUGAUUGUGUAUGGAGAACUUGACCAGGAUCCGUUGAUGACCGGCGGCCGGUGCGCGCAACAACGCAAUUAGAUCCAAUCCAAAACUUCACGUUAACAGACAGUCGAGCGCGAAGGAGCGCGACAUGAUGACGAUUCUGCAUGUUUUACCAGAGGGAUUGUUACUUUUUAUCAUCACGUUUGAUUAGAUAUUUUUCGUCGUCUUCUUCUUUGUGAAAUCAGCAUGCCACACUCUCGCAACAGGAACCCAAGCCCGAUCCCAGAGGUGACAUGGGACACGGGGUUGAAAGAGAUGAACGAGACCUGGAAGGGGGCUAUUGCUUGCUUGGGAGUCGCUGUCUUUUUUGUCAUGACAAUUGGGAUCAUUUAUUGGCAAGUUGUGGAUCAGCCCAACAAGAACUGGGUCCUGAAGGGGAGCUUUAGUGGGCUGAUUUGGGAGAGACGGACGCAAACUCUCGUCAUACAGACACUGACUGAGGACAAGACGUUUGCGGAGAUAGACGUGGAGAACGCGGGGAACACCGAUGUUGAGGUUCCGUUCGUGAGGAACAUGUGCUGGCUUAACAAAACCGAGUUCUGCUACACUUGGGACUCGGUCGCAGAGGUGAAGAUCUCUCUGGAAACAUCAGAGGAGGACUCAGAGACCGAGUGUUACAGUGUCACCUGGACUCCAAUUCACUGUCAUGUGGACCUGAAGGAUUGUUUCUCCAUGGUGAAUAUUUCGUGGUACGGAGGUGCCAGCGUCCAUGCACCCAACUGGCCAAUAAACGAAGCCAACAUUUCCAUGCAGCCGUUCACAGUCAGCGACCUUAGGGACAACCCUUCUGGCUUCGGGUCAGUUUUAGAACGCUACUUCCUGGGGUCCUCAGGUGUGUCAGUUCUAGUGGCCCCGAACAUCCCGCUUCAUGUGGGAAUGGAGAGCAGACAGCAGUUCUGUUUGCAGACGCCGCCCAGUAUGGAGCGCAUGCCGCUGCAGUACACCGUGUGUGUCGGACACAACAUUCGAGCUGUCCAUCAGGAGUCAAUGCGUCAGCUCUCCACAGCCAGACGAGAGCUGCCAAACAUGGAUGUCUUACGGCUGCCUUUCUGGAAGCUUCUAGCGAACGUGGACUCGGGGGCCAAGCUAGAGCGAGAGCUGAGGACCUUCUCAAACCGGCUGAAGCGGCAUCACCUCGGGGAGGGGGUCAUCAGCCUCGACGAACAUUCCACUGCUCUCCUCGCAAACAUGGACCACAGCUACCUCAAUAGCAAGAAAAGGACGUCUAAGAGACAGACGAGGGACCUCCCUUUUGUAAAGCUUCUGAACAUUUCCAUCACCCUGUCCCCGUACCUGAGUGUGGAGUCGCAGCAGUUUCAGACCUCCAUUCAGGAAGGCAUUGAAGACUUCUGGCUGAGUCUGCCCUCAGGACCACAGGGUCGAGCGGUGCCUCUGUUGACUCAGUGGAAAGGAAAAUACAGUGUGAAGCUCAACAUCAGCAACCCAAAAGCCACGACUUGGUUUGUGGACAAAGUGGACAGUUUACAUAGCCAUUUGGGCAUGGAGUAUGUCAUCCUGGAAGGCGGUGAGGGGAACCCUUUCGAGGAACAGGCCCUGCGCCCCCCUCUGGCAUGGGUUGGGGAUGAAUACAUCAGACGUUUGGCUGACCUGGCAGAAAGGAUAGGGGAAAAUACCAUUGUGACCUCAGGAACAAGGUCCAGACACAAAGCGCUCUUCAUCCGUAUGAGUGCGCUGCAGUCAGACUGGAGUUACUCUGGCCUGAAGGGCAUCAUUCCAUCCCUGCUGCAUCACAGUCUUCUGGGAUAUAAUUUCUUCAUUCCUGAUGCAGUAGGAGGCUCUCUCUCUGCCGAACUGGUUGCCGAUGACGAGCUUUUCGUUCGCUGGCUGGCAAUCGCAGCUUUUCUUCCUGUCAUCAGCUUUCAGACACCUCCAUGGGUCUUUGAGAAGGAAUGGGUCCUAAACCUCACCAGAUUCUACAUAGCCAAGCACCAUGACUUUGUCAUUCCUUUGAUACUGAAAUACGCAGAGGAAUGGCAAGAUACUGGAAACCCCAUCUAUAGGCCACUGUGGUGGAUCAGUCCAAAUGACCCGAUCACGUUUACUAUUGAUGACGAGUUCCUCAUUGGAAAUGAGGUCCUUGUUGCGCCGGUUACUGAGAAAGGAGCUUUACAAAGAGACAUAUACCUCCCGGAGAGUGACUUUCAGUGGCAGAACACUAACAAUGCUCAAGUGUUUGAUGGAGGGACGUUUCUGGAAAGUUACCCGGUCGGCCUUGGUGACGUGGCGGUUUUUGUACAAUGGAGAUCAUGAGGCCUAUUUACCACUUUUUUCUAUUUUUGAAAUUUUCACUUGUGCUGAUCUCAAAUUGCACUUUCCAUAAAGACCAUAUCUGAGUCUCAAGGAACCUUGAGAUUAGUAGGAAGAUAAUUUGCACUUUAAAAAUCAAAGUGGUUUAUAUUUUCUCAUGAUUCUUAGAUCCCUCUUGUUUUCUCCACUACUUGUUUUAAUUCAUAAUUUUUUUGUUUAUUUUUUUCAGAAUGCAGUUUACAUUUGAUAGAUUCUUACAGCCUCUUAAAUUGUUAUCAUGAUAUAGAGCUAGAGAUCAAAUUCUUUGCUUAAGAACAAUCAAUGGAAUUUUAUGAAGACCAAACAAUUGCAAAAUCACAAAAAUUGCAAAAUUGAGAAAGACUUUACAAGGAAAAACGAAUGCGCUAAAUGGAUGGAGAUGAAAAUACGCUAAGCAUCACUCAUCUCAUUUCAGCGGGGUUUUUACUUGAACUUUGCUGUAUAUUUGCUGUAGUUUUGUAAUAUUUUACCUGUACCUCAAGUAUAUUUUUCAUCAUGAACUGUGAGAGAAGCACUUACUGAUAGAGUAGACUGAAACUGAGGGCUUUUAGAGUGAAUAGCACAAUUAUUUUUGUCUACAAAACAAGAAUAGUGAAGAUCAAUCAUUAGUAGUUGAAUAUGAGCCAAUGCUUUACAAAAUUUUCAUAGCUGUACAGUCUUAGUUGAAAUGCAACACACAACAAAGGAUAAACUGUUAUUUCAUAAUGGUCGUUUUUGAGAGAUUUUGAUAUUAUGCUGAUUUUAAUAAUUAUUUGUUUUUACCAGAUUAACCAAUAUGGUAUUUCUAGAUCUUAAGUAAUUCAUAAGACAUUUAUUCAAGGUAGAAUUAGAGUUUUGUAUUUACAGUAUAUCAAUUCAGGCUAAACUUGAUCAUUCAUUGCCUUAACAUUAGAAAAACUUUGACGACUGUAUUGGCAUUUGUACAUUUCGUCCCAUGAAAUCUAGUUGCUUAUUGUUAUAAAGCUGAAUUCUGCCAUUACAAAUAUUUUGGGAUAACAAAUGUAGAUCUCACAGCCCGAGGGCAACAAUUGUCCUGUAGAGUUGUGGUUUAAUGAGUCUGGGCAAAAUACAGAUGCAUUUUAUAAUAAUUUGCUAGAGGUGAUGUAUGGCAAGCUGUUUUAAGUUUAAUCUAAAACAUAUCAGUGUCUAGUUUCAUGUUACUAGUGCUUUUAGCUGCUAGAAUCUAUUCCAUUAGUAAUACGUACUAAUAAGUAUUCUUUAGCUUCUAGUGCUUAUUCUUUAGGUACUGGUACAUCAUUAAAGAUACUACUACUUAUUCAUUAGAUUCUAGUAUUAAUUAAAAUUAGAGUUUAAGAGUAGUUCAAGUUUUAAUUUAAUAGUAAUAUUUUUAAUUGAACUCUGCAGUGGCCAUUCUGACUAGUCAUAACAUAUGAUGAGUAAAAAAGCAGUUGUGACCAGUGUAAGAUUUGUUACUAGUAACAGUUACAAAAGAUACUAGUGUCUAAUAAAUAAGUACUAGUACCUAAUGAAUAACUAAUAGUAUAUAUUAAAUAAUUUUAAAUAGGAACUAGUAUUUAAUGAAUACUUAAUAGUUAAAUGUAAAAAGAUACUAGUCACUAUUGGAAUACAUACUUCUCAGAACUGAAUAGUUGAUAUCUGAAUGACAGAUUGGUACCAUUUAGAAAUGUCUUUCUAGUAACUGUAGAAUAGUAAGUGAAAGUGAAGUAAAAGUGAUGUGACAUAAAGCCAAGUAUGGUGACCCAUAAUCAGAAUUUGUGCUCUGCAUUUACCCCAUCCAAAGUGCACACAUACAGCAGUGAACACAUACAGACACACACACACACACACACACACACCAUGAACACACACCCGGAGCAGUGAUUAGUUACUAUUAACUAUUUACUAAUGAAAUACUUACUAGUAUUUAAUGAAUAAAAACUAGUAUCUUUAAAAAGUUACUAGUACCUAAUAACCACUAGUCAAUGGUAAAAAUUGUAAUUGCUUUACUAGUAACAGUAAAAUACAUACUAGUUACGAUUGAAAUAAGUAACAUCUAAUGAUAGUAUCUAAUGAUAAAUACUAUCUAAAUAUUAUAGUAAUGAUAAAUAGUAUCUAAUGAUAAAUAAGAACUAGUAUCUUUAAAAAAUUACUAGUACCUAAUGUACUGUAUAAAAUUGUACUGUAUAAAAAUUUUAAUUGCUUUACUAGUAACAGUAAAAAAACAUUGAAAUACGUAUUAGUAUCUAAUAGGGCUGUAACGAUACACCAAACCCACGAUUCGGUUCGUAUCCAGAUUUUUGACCCACGGUACGAUACAAACCAAUUCAAAAGAUAUUUUAGAUAUAAUGAAGGGAGACGUAAAAAAAAGGGACAUUGCCUUGUUUUCAUAUGGAUUACUUUAUCACAGAAUAUCUGUUUUCGGCAGCACUUGGUUUAGUUUAAAAGUAGACAUGUCAAGCUUUCUAUAGAUAUCUCUCUCAUGUCUCUUCGUUGAGUAUUCACGGAGUUACACUUCAUUUUAAUGACGUGUUUAUACAUGACGAUCAGCGCAGACAAAGGCUGCAGACAGCACACCUUGUUUGUUAUCUUUAUUUUAUAAGUGAACAAAGUUUUGUUAUUAUUAUGUCUGUAUCCAAAAAAAACAAAACUGUAAACAAAAACAAGUAGACCCUUUACAGAUUCGAUUGAUGUAUUGCUCUUAUCUGUACGAUUAAAACUGAAAGUUUAAUUUAAGUUCCUUUCGGGGUUAUCAGGAGAAAAUGACUCAUAACGCGUAUCCGCAUUAAUCAGCCCUAGGAUCUAAUGAAGACAAACUAGUAUCUUUAAAAGGUUACUAGUACCUAAUGAAUUAGCACUAGUCAAUGGUAAAAACUUGAAAGGUGUUACUAGUAACAGAAGAAUAGUUACUAGUUAUGAUUGAAAUAAGAACUAGUAUCUAAUAAAGACAAACUAGUAUUUUUAAACGGUUACUAACACCUAAAGAAUAAGUACUAUUAAAUAAUGAAUAGCACUAGUAUCUAAUGAAUAAGCAGUAGUAACUAAUGAAUAAGCUGUAGUUGUUAAUAAAUAAGCACUAGUAGCUUAUGAAUAAUCACUAUUAGUUUAUGAAUUAGCACUAGUAGCUGAAAAAAUAAGUAGUGGUAACUGAAUAAAAAGCACUAGUAGCUAGUGAAUAAGUAUUAGUAAUUAAUGAAAUACUAGUAGCUAAAAAAAAAGUACUAGUAGUAUUAAAAUUGAUGUGUUUUGGGGGUUAAAUGUUAAUAUGGCUUGCCAUAGAUGCUGCUACUUACACUCUCAUGCCUUGACAAGGUCCAAACUUGGAGCAUUGGUCCCCGUGCUAAAACUCUAAAUCACAAUCACCUCCGUGUGAAUCUACAGUGCAGAGAGAGAACGAGAACUUGAUCAGUAUCACCUGAUACAUGUGGCCUACUGGGAAUGUCCUCCUAAUCCUCACUGUGAUUUUGAACGUUUACUGUAUCUGCAGGUUUCUCAGGUCAACGAUAUCAAAUCCAAGAGAAAGAAAAUGUCUUACACCCCAGCACACUGUUGAUGUCUUAAUCUCUUGAUGCUCUUUUCAUUUGAGCAUUUACAGAGAGACUAAUUGUGAUGAUCUUAUGAAGAAUGGUGUUUCGGGAGCCUUUUUUGCUUGUAUUUUAUAUGAAAAUGCUGCGCUAUGAAAGCAAUAUGUUGAAAUGUUCCCUGCUGAGCAACCUUCAACUUUUUUGUAAGAAUCAGUUGCCACAAGCCAAUCAGUAAUAUGCAUAUAUCAUAUGACUGCCAUUUUCUGUCUUCUGUCAAUCUGAAAAAUAGAGAUGUCAAUCUGCAAUAAAGUUUACAUUUUGUUA